AUAUUAAAAGGAAAUGCCGAGGGGGAGAAGUGGAGUAUAUACAAAACCCAUCCCGUACAUCCCCACUCUUAAAAACACUUCAACAAUAAAUUUCGUCUCUUUAGCAACGAAAGAUAGAAAGGAUAGAGAUACAGAUACAUAUACAUACGGGGUAUUCAUACUGCUGCUCUGCUCGCGAUCCAUUUUGCCGCCUUCUUACAUCUCUCUUCUUCUCAGGGUUUCGUCUCUCUCCACCACUCUCUCUCUCUCUAUAUAUUAUAUAUAUUUGUUUUCGUUCUCUAUUUGAUUGAAUUGAUAGCCGUGUGAUCUAGGGUUUUUUAUAUUUUUCGUUUCCAAUUCAAUUUUCAAUUUGACUGUGUGCGUGCGUAUAUACAAAAAUAAAUACGAGAAUCUUGAUCGGUUAGUUGUAUUUGUACUGGAUUGAUCACGAGAAGCCAAUUGGGGCUGGGUUUCUCUCCUCUUCUGCCUCUCUUGGCAACUCAAGUACAAGUAGCCCGGUGAAUAGAACUUGGGUUCAUUGGGUGGAUACGGUAUGGACAAGAGAAAUAGGUUCCCUGAAGGAGAUUCCUCAUCGGAUGAAUCUGGUAGCUCCGGACGAAUUGAUACUGAAAUUUCCGCUUCUGAGAACUGUAGUGCUCCUAGGAAGAAAUGGAUCAUGUUGAAUCCUGCCACAAAAGAUGGUUUUGGUGUACCAGUUAAAGUGCUUCCACUGUCGAAACUGUCACAUCCUGAUAGACAGAAGUUGUUACUGUGUCUUAAGACAGAACUUGAAAAGGUUGGGUUCUUGCGGAAGAAAGUUGAGACACGGAAUGUGGGUGUUGUUUCUGUGUCACCGUCUACUAGUAUUCUUAGUGGCAGUAAUGCUCAAAAUGUGCUUAAGAACGGGAACACGAAGCGAUCAUCCGCAUUGACUGACGCACCUGCUAAAAAGUUGAAGCCUGGUAGCUUAACCAGGGGCACAUCAGGGAGGUUUCAGUCCUCAAACAAGCCUUCAGAGCCAUCUUCUAUGAACUCAACUUUGAUGAGACAGUGUGAAAAUUUGUUGAAAAAGUUGAUGUCGCAUGAAUUUGGUUGGGUCUUUAAUAGUCCUGUUGAUCCUGUGAAGUUAAACCUUCCCGAUUAUUUUGAUGUUAUUAAGAAUCCUAUGGAUCUGGGGACUGUAAAAAAGAAAAUCUCUUCGUCAGUGUAUACAAGCCCGCUGGAUUUUGUAGCCGACGUUAGGCUUGCAUUCACCAAUGCCAUGACCUAUAAUCCUCCUGCAAAUGAUGUCCACUUGAUGGCUGCUACCCUCAGUAAGUUUUUUGAGGUCAGAUGGAAGGUUAUUGAGAAAAAGCUUUCUGCAAAUGUUCCCCAACAAAUGCCUCAGAUAUCUAGUGUUCCCACGGAAGCAGGAAAGGUCAAGCCAAUGCCUCCCUCAAAAAAGAGAAAACAUUCUUCAACCCAACUUCUAGUUUUACCAGAGCCUGUAUGUGAGCCUGUAAAAUGUAUGACUGCUGAAGAGAAACAGAAGUUAAGUAAAGAGUUGGAAUCUUCACUGUCGGAUCUACCUGACAAUAUUAUAGAGUUUUUGAGGGAACAGAGUUCUGCAGGGAAAGAUGAAGGGGAGGAUGAGAUUGAGAUUGAUAUAGACACUCUCACUGAUGAUACCUUGUUCAAAUUGCAAAAGUUGUUAGAUGAUCAUUUGACCGAGAAACGAAAACAUGGAAAAGGUGAACCUUGUGAAAUAGAGCUGUUAAAUGAAUCUGGUGUUAGCAAUUCCUCCAUGCAGCUAGACAAAGGAAAUGGACUUGUUGCAAAGGAUGUUGAUCUUGUUGGAAAUGAGCCUCCUGUCUCCAGCUAUCCUCCUACUGAGAUAAUACAUGAUUCAGGCAGUAGAAGCAACAAAUUCAUUAGCCCAGGAACGUCAAGCGAUUCAGAUUCGAGGAGUUUUCCUGCCAUGGCAGCAGAUGUUGCUACAGCCUCUUCUAGCCCAGUAAAGCGGUCAAAGGAUGAUACCGUCCACGUAGCAGAGUUGGACGAGAAUGCAGGUCCUGGAGACUUGGUUGAUGGAAAUCAAUCAGUCAGCGGUUUGGACCAACUUGAACCUUCUCAGCAGAAGCCAAGCUCAGUUGAGUCAGAUAGCUGCCAGGAUGGGGAUAGUGCUCCUUCAGAAAGGCCAGUUUCACCUGAUAAACUUUACAGGGUUGCCAUUUUGAAAAAGCGAUUUGCAGAUACAAUUUUAAAAGCUCAAGAAAAGACUCUCAAACAGGGUGAAAAGGUAGAUCCUGAGAGACUCCGACUUGAGCGUGAGAUGCUUGAGUCUCAGAAAAGAAAAGAGAAAGCUCGGCUACAAGCUGAAGCCAAGGCUGCUGAAAAUGCAAUGAGACUAGCAGAAGCUGAAGCUGCAGCAGAAUCCAAACGCCAGAGGGAGCUGGAGAGAGAAGCAGCUCGUCAGGCAUUGUUAAAGAUGGAAAAGACAGUCGAAAUUAAUGGGACAUCCCGGUUUCUUGAAGACCUAGAAAUGCUAAGGACAGUCCCGUCUGAACAAGUACCGAGCUCUGUAGAUGAGGCAAGCCCAGACGAGUCACUGGAUUGUUUCAAGUUUGAAGGGAGUAACCCCUUGGAACAGCUUGGUCUUUACAUGAAAGUGGAUGAUGAAGAUGAAGAAAUCGAGCCACCAAGCAAUGAUGUGGAUGUAGAGGAAGGCGAGAUUGACUGAAUCCCAUUCUCGCUACUGUAUCGAUGAAGAAGCAUGAAAAAUAAUUUAAAAAAAAUUUCAAACAACAUGUCUGUAUUUUGUAUCUAUAAUGUAGCGUUCUCUAUAUAUUAGACAAACUGAACUUUUUAUACAGCAGGCAACCUAUAACCAAUGUAAAAAGAUGAAACCCUUAAAAAAAACUAAUUUGCAUACAGUUGUAUUAUAUUUAGACGUGUUAGUGUAGGUCUUGUAGCAGUGACAAAGUGAAGGUUGUUUUGCAGAAUUCUUAAUUUAUGUGUAAACUAUGGGGCUGUUUCCAAACACUUUAUUAACUUAUUUACUUCUCA